AUGUCGUCGAUGUGGUGGGACAUCUCUCUACAAGCUCUGAUCUUCCUAGUAAGCAUCCUCACAUACUUAUGGACAAACAACAUCCCUCAAAAACUCUUCACACGUUACCACUCCUACCGCAACCGCAACAAACACCAAGCUCGCCGCCACUUCGUUAAAGCCGCCGAUCACCUAGCUAAGUCCAAAUACUCCUCCGCCGUAACUGAAGCCGACGCCGCCGUCCUCCUCGAUCCUACCGACGCCGCCAACCACAUCCUCAAGGCCCUCGCGCUUGAGCUCCAGGGGUUCAAGACCUCCGCGCUGGACGCCCUCAACGUCGCGUUGUCCCCACUCGCGGUGGCGUCGCUGGAGAAGGAGGAGAAGGCGGACGCGAUGGCGAAGCGGGCUGGGUUGAGGAUGGAGGUGAGUCGACUCGCUCGAGUUGAGUCGGAUGGGGUUGAUAAAGAGGUUUGGGGAGGGGCGGAGAGGGAGCUCAGGGAGGCGGUGGAGUUGAAGAGAGAGAGUGGGAGAGCGUGGUGUUUGUUGGCGGAGUGUUGUGAGGGGUUGGGGAAGAGGGAGGAGGCGGUGGAGGCGUUUGAGGAGGCGGUUCGAGUUGCGCCUGACUCGGUGGUGGCUCGGAAUGGGUUGGAACGGUUAAAGUUAGUUGAAUGA